AUGCUAAACCGGACUCAGAGUUUUCAGAAUUGUAAGGAAACAGAUGUUCCUGGCUACAAUGACUGUCCGCUUUUUUUGUAUCCACCAAAGCGGACCACAGGCGAGAAGAAUGCAGUUCCCAGUAGUCAGAUAGACACAUAUGGUGGUACGAAAGCAGCCACUGCACCACCACCACCUAUGAAGUGGCGAUCUUCAAGUCAGAAUUCUAGCAUAAGCGUGUCGUCCACGGGUCCACAAGUAACUUGUAAAGAGAAGUCCGACAUCCUGCUGGAAAUUGACGCCGUACUUGCAAGAGAUAGUAAACUGUCGCCCACGGAGUUUCAGUAUUAUAAAAGCAAAAUCGUGGCAAAUAUCGAUAAGAGUUUGGAUCAUGAGCAUGGACGCCAGACAAUGAGUGAAAUACUUGCGUCACUGGAGGAGAAAGAAAAAGUUUAUAAGUUACUCACAGAGUGGAUGAUGUCUGACACUGCUACUGGUAAAUGGUGCCCAUCAUUCCGCAAAAUUAUCAGCAACUUGACAUAA